GAAGUUGGCAUCACUGCCUUGGCCUUGAUUAUAAAGUAUAAACAUAAUUUUUAUUAAAAUCGGUUUGUAUUAAUUGUGUAGUAUUUUAAUUUUUUUCUUUAGAAACUUGUGUCUAAAUUACAGUGCACAGGUUUAAAUGAAAAGAUACCUUGAAGAGCAUUUUACAAUAACAGAAAAUGAGUAAAAACCGAGGUUUACCACCACUGAUGUCGUCUGUACCGAAUUAUAAUCAGUUUUUUAGAUCAGCUGAGAAUACAAAUGACCAUCAAAUUGAUGAUAUGGGUGGUCCAAGAGAUUUUCAAAAUAGACAAAUUCAAGGACAAGGACCAAGACAGAAUGCAAUUGAGAAGAGAUUGAAUCACGCACUACAGCAGCCAGUUGAUUUGGGAAAAGGAGAGAGUAUGAUGAAGAAAAUGGGCUGGUCUGGCGGAGGGUUGGGCAGGUCUGGAGAAGGUAUUGUGGAACCCAUCGCACCAAAUGCUGCAUAUGCAACAAAUAAACAAGGUUUGGGUAAAGCAGAGAUCCAAGAGACUUUCGAUAAACGUGGCUGUGCCGUUUCGAAAACAUUCAAGCACUCGUUUGGGCCUAAAGCAACAGAUAACCAACGGUUAAGGAAAGAGUCUAAAGCGAAACAAAAUCAAAAACCGAAGCGCUCGCAAUUUACGACCAAAAUGCACAGCAAAGCCAAUAAGAAGCAACUCAAAGAAAUCUUAACAACAUCCGUGCUGGAACAAAUAUUAGAUUUCGUUCAAAACGAAAGAGAAGUAGAAUUAUUAUUUGAUAAAAACUUAACAAACGUUGAAAGAAAAACUGUUCAUAACCUGAUUGACGAAAUCAGUUGUAUACAUACUUGCGAUGUUGGAAAUAUGACACAAAUGGAGUUAAUAGAACAAAUAAUUGAAUACAAUGACUACCAUUUGCAUACGGAGAGCUCUGGAAAGCAGCCGAAUAGACAACUUGGCGUAUACAAAGACGCAAAAGAUUUUAUGUUUCUGGUAAUACCAGAGGAUUUAAGAGAAGAGGAUACCGGAGAUAAUGAGAAGGAGAAAAUAGAUGAAUCUAAAGAUGAUUCGGAACAAGCAGAGGAAAAUACUAACGAAGAGUUCAAGUGUGUUGGAAAAGAAGUAUCUAGUUCGUAUUCUGAAAAAAAAUCAAUCAACAGAAAUAUUACCAAAGGAGAAAUUAAUGAUGCAACGGAUAAAAUAAAAAAUCUAAAUACAGGAGUUAUACAUUUGUGCAAUGAGGAUAGUACUUCUAAUACAGAUAAAGAAAUUUCAUUUCAAUCGUUAUUUAAGAAGGCAGAAUUUCCAAACAAUAAAAAAUUCAGAAAAAAACUAGCGGAAGAAGAACACAAAUUAGUUUUUAAAGAUGAAUUAGCAAAAAAUGUCUCGAACAAAACAUUUACUGUGAUAGAAGUUCUAGAAAAAGUUGUUGAAUAUUUUAUUGAUUUUGUAAAUGAUAACAGUUUCUCGGAGUUUAGGUUUUUGGGGUCAUUUAAUGACAUAGAAUAUGAGGCUGUGGGGAUAUUCUUUGAUAUUUGUUCGGGAGACACCAGUGAUAAUAGUGAGGUGGCAGAAAAAUUAAGAAAAGCCCUCAACAGCAAUACACAUUGUUAUAAUCUAGGGGUGAACAGCAAUGGUACCACUAUACUAUUUAAAGAGAGGAAGAGAUGAUUUUAUACGAAAAUAAUCACAAAUGAAAUUUACAUAAUACUUCCAAAUGAUGCCUUCAUAUAGAAUCUAUCCAACUUUUAAUUUACUCUUCGGGCAAUAGAUGGCGCUAGUCAGGCCAAAUUUGUCUAAAACUUUAUUAUAAAAGUAUUUUGUUUGUCAAACUAUUAUUAUUGCUUUGGCUGUGACCAGACUCGUGGAUGUAGCAUAGAAAAUAAAUGAUAAGAA